AUGGCCUCAAUGAGCCCUCACGUCAAGGCAGUCCGAGACCUAUAUCGACGGUCGCUGAAGCUCGCCCUCGACUGGGCUGUUCAAAGAAACCUCUGGCGCGGACAGGCUGUUUACAUCCGGUCACUAUUCGAUGCGAACAAGAAUAUCACUGAUCACAGACAACAAAGAAUUCUCUUUAACGAGACUGAGAAACUAUUAGACAAAUGGAAGCACCCGGACCCCUACCGGCCGCCGACCGCUCCUGGAGGUUCGAAGUAUGAACGAAAUCUCCCGGCGCCAGAUCUGCCGCCACCAUCAAGAGAGUUCGUGAAGAGGUUAUGA